AUGCAAUUCUUAAUAGACACCGGCGCCGAUGUGUCUGUGAUACCAAAAGGCUCACGUUCAGUCAACCAUAAACCAACUACUAUGAAACUGUUUGCCGCAAAUGGCACCUCAAUUAAUGUGUACAGAGAAGCUAUAUUGAAAGUUAAUCUGUGCUUACGCCGCGAGUUUGUGUGGACGUUCCUGAUCGCCGACGUUACUUCUGGAAUAAUAGGCGCAGACUUUAUCAGGCAUUUCGAACUACUCAUAGAUUUAAAAAGGAAUCGAAUCAUUGAUAAUAGCACGUCUCUGAAAUCCGUGGCCCAGGCAGUUAAGGGUACAGACCCAUCAAUCAAGUCAUUCGACACCUCGUCUCCGUUCGCGGAUUUAUUAGGUGAAUUUGCAGAAAUAACACGACGUGCACAGCCCGGCGUUAUGACAAAUUCUUCGGUGGUGCAUUACAUUGAGACUCGCGGCCAACCCGUCUUCGCUCGUCCCCGACGCCUGUCGGCGGAUAAACUACAAGCAGCGCGCACUGAGUUUGAAAGCCUAAUGAGACUAGGUGUAUGUAGACCAUGCACAUGGUGCGGAAGGCAGAUGGCACAUGGCGCCCCUUCGGAGACUACAGGGCAUUAA